AUAAUUCAUAAAAAAGAACAUUCACGGAUUUUUUUAUAUAAAUAAAUAUCAUGACCGCGUAUCGUUAACAGUAUCUUUUUUUCUAACGAACUCAUUCCCGCAGUUAACUUCUCGGUUGUAGAAAAGAGGGACGCUGAAUAACCGAAUGACCAUGAGGUUAGGUUCUAUGAAUCUGUACCGUCCAGUUGUGUGUCGGAAGAAGGUGCGAGGUGAUUAAUGCACCAUCACCGUGGGAACGUUAAUUUGAAAAAGCGAUAUAAAGCAUGGAGAACAUCUACUGACGAGUCAUUUGACGAGUAGGUGUACGUCACCUACGUCAUUCCAUCCUUUCGUUAAAAUAAUUCAUCAGGAAAUUUUCUAUAAUAUCGACACUAAAUAUAUAAUAAAAUGGAAUAUGAAAUUAAAGGUGUCAGUAAUUUUUCACACAGAUCAAAACGAAAAAACACUGUAGACGAGGAACUAGAAUACUGGAUGACUCGGCUACCAGAAGCUUUGAAAAGCCUUCCCAUAAUACGUUUGGCGAUACCCGGUUCUCAUGAUACGAUGACUUAUACCAUAAAUCGGUACAGUGACGUGGGACCCGACGAGCCAAGAUACAUCAGAGCUCUUGGUCGUUAUUGUUCGUUCGUUUCAAAACCUGUUAUUUUUAAUUGGUCCAUUACACAACAUGAAAGCAUCAAGGAUCAGCUCGAUGGUGGAAUUCGAUAUCUAGACUUACGCGUAGCGACGAAGCCAACGGAUGGGAAUAUCUAUUUUGUUCAUGGCUUGUACGGAUCGAAAAUAUAUCAGCCGCUCCAUGAAAUAGCAGAAUGGCUGUCUUAUCACAAUAACGAGAUCGUAAUCCUAGAUUUUCAACAUUUUUAUUCAUUCUCAGAAAUGGAUCAUCACCAUCUCGUUGAGACGAUUUUCCGAAUAUUUCAAACAAAAUUAUGCCCCGUGGCAUCUACGUUUAAUCACAUCACAUUACAUUGGCUUAAUGUGGAGAAGUACCAAGUCAUCGUUAUUUACAGAAAUGAAUAUGCACAAAAUUAUAAAAAUUUAUGGCCAAGUGGACUGUGGCGUACUCCGUGGCCUAACACCGUUAACGUUAACGAGCUUAUAAACUUUUUAGAUAUCGAAUUGAAGACGCGACCAUUACAAAUCGGUUUCGUAUCACAAUGCCUCUUAACACCUGAUAUUCCUUAUGUAUUGAAACAUCUAUGCGGUACAUUGCAAAGAGAUUUAGUACCAUCGUGUCAAAAAGCAAUUCUUCCGUGGAUAAAUAAAAAACGACCUGGCCGUGGUGGUUUAAAUAUCGUUAUAGCUGAUUUUAUAUCUGAUCACAAUUUUUUAUUUUGCAAGACAGUCAUCGAUACUAAUAAAAAAUUGUAUUUCAAUAUACAAUAUUCCGUGUGAAAUAUUUUGUACUUGAAUGCACAUAUGUAUAUACAAAUUGAAUAUGAAAUUUACGAUUUCAAUGCAAUCUGUUUGUGAAAAAUUAUUUUAAAGAUAUUCUUGUAUCAUACAUUUUCAAUGGAAAAUUUAUUUUACUUCUAAAGAAGUAUCUGUAUAUAUAAUAAAUAGUAUAAUAAAUUCA